AUGGCAAUCGCCAAGAGCAAUACAACCCGGUCAAUGAUCGUGUGCCGGAUGGUUGUUGCGUUGGUGGGGCUUGCUAUGAUGUUUACCUUGCCAUCUUGUCAUGCAAGCACUGAAUCUGCUGGUCAUCCGACGUUGUGCGAGAGUCUAGAUCCAUGUGUUAACGAUUACACCGGAUGCAAAGGUAUAUGCGUUGGCAUGGGCAUGAAACACUUCACUUCCUUUUGCAAGGAGUCAAAUCCUGCUCCGCUGUGUUGCUGCAUAGAGAUAUAA